AUGUUCUUCGGGGUUGCGGAGGCAUGCUGCACCCUGUGCACCCGCUUGGAAGGUUGUGUCGGCUGGUCGAACACCGUCAAGCCUGAUAUCGCCUCUAUCGACGGGACAAAAAAGUGUGUGCUGUACUCGUCUGUCAGCGGCCCGCCCGUGGAAGACAAGGCAAUGAACCGCGCCAUUACCAGCGGCAUACCGAGAGACGAAGAGAGUAUGAUGUACCUCGCGCACUCCAUGUCCAUAGCAAAAAGUUGGUGCACACCGGACAACGCGAGGGUCCUGGGCAGCGGCAAGAAACUGACGGUGAAGGCGGCGGCGCCAGUACCAAUCGCAGACGAGGAAGGCGCGCUACCGCUGUGCAGGUCCACCAACGUCCUCCCCGAACCCGGCCGUUGGGUGGGUCUACAGGAUGUAGAAUGCGGUGACAUGCGAGCAGAGGGUGUUAAUGGGGACCCUGUUUGGCCGGAAUAUCGCAGAGACAUCUUCGGUGUCACCAAGGUGAGUGUGCUAUCAUUUGCUAGCUUGUUUGCCCCUUAUAUCGGCCAGCCCGAGGAGUGCUUCUUCAAGCCUUACAACCUUCCCACGUCGGGUGGCAAGGUGGACGGCUACCAGCAAGCGAUUACAGGAGGCUACGUGUGGAAGCCUUACGACUGUCGCUACUCUCUGUUAAAUGUGGAAGCGCGCCACACUUGCUUCGAGGCCUUGAACAUCACCAGAUUUCUUGACUACGGGGAUAGGCAGCCAAGAGCCGAGCUGUGGCUACCGAGAAACGUCGAUGUGAACGCAAAGAGAGCAGUCAACCAAAAGGAGCGGGCUCGAGGGCAACAGGCCGACUGUCCAACCGGGUUCUAUAUGGAUGAUGCCAACACUUCCGGUGGUGGCUUGCCUAUCAAGUACCGCUACUGCGGUUUACCCGCCCUCUACGACUCCAAGGACGACGCCAUCAGAGACUACAUUCUAUCGUUUCGACCGGACGUCGUUCUGGCCAACUGGGCCAUGAUGCACAAGCUGUGGCGCCAUGGCUAUGGCAGCGAGAUCACCCCAUUUUUCGAGAAUCUGGGCAGGACAUUGGACAAAAUGACGGAGAAUGGAGAAUUCCGCCCUAGGUUUCUGUUCUGGAUGUCUUCCCCCUUCCUGGUGAGCGAGAGGGAGCCACACUGCGUCCUGGAACGUGCUGUGCAGUUCAACGACGGCCUUCGGGCUGUGCUGGAACCCAGGGGAUGGAUUGAGGCGAGUGCCCGGCUCCGAGUGCAGUGGAUGAACUACGACAGUUGUUUUUUUACCUUCGAGGUGAACUGGACGACCUUGACCAAGAAGUGGGCUGUCGACAUCCAGGAUGGCAUGCACCACCUUAAGCACGCCACGAGGAUGUUAGCGCACCUGCUGGUACACCGCAUGUGUCAAGACCGCGAGGACCCUGGCCCUUGA